AACAGCUACAACCGAGUCUCAUGUGGAGCGGAGUUAAGGUCAUUUAAUCCGGUGUUUUCUUUCAAUUUAAAAGGGGUCUCUGUGGUGAAGCUGACAGGGGGAUAGAAAUGGUGUUCCUGACGCUGUCUUGUUGGAUCAGAAAUCGUGGACCCGACAGAUAUUGGAAAGUCCAAGAACUUCUAAAGCAUGCACGGCACUUCAGAGGCAGGAAGAACCGCUGCUACAAGCUGGCUGUGCGGGCGGUCAGGAGGGCUUUCGUCUACGCCACCAAUGCUCGGAGGCUCAAGAAACGCAACAUGAGGACGCUCUGGAUCACACGCAUUGCUGCAGCGUCACGAGAGCACGGCAUGAAGUAUCCCGCCCUCAUGCACAACCUCACAAAGACCAGCGUCCAGCUCAACCGACGUGUCGUCAGUGACCUGGCCGUCACAGAACCUCGAUCAUUCCUCUCCCUCGCAAAGCUGGCGAGGGCUCGGCAACAGGAAGGCUUCUGUGCGGCGUUGGGUGACGGCAAAGAGCCUCCCGGUGUCUUCUCCCGUGUUGUGUUGCUACAGUAACGGACGUGAGACAGAUUUCCAGUAGCUAUGUGGUUUAACGAGCAGAGCUCUUGGAUUGUGGAGAUGUUCAUGAAACAAACAAACCAGAUACAUACUGACCAUCUUGCUUUACAGUUCUGAGUUUUGUUUUUUUUAAAGAAAGUUUAAUGGAAUGAGAGUCAGGUUUUUUAUUUUUGUGAUACUCUGUUGCGUUACUGAGACCAGUGGAUCGCUUUGUAAAAAGGUGUCAACUUAGGGAGAAGAAGUACUGGCUGACCACAGAGUAGACCUAUUUUGUGACACACUGCCUCACCUUUGUCUCUUGCCUGCAGUAUGCAGAAAUGAUUAACAUGGAUAUAUAAUGAAGUCCUGUAUGGUCUGCUCCUAGUCUUUGGUGUGAAAAAUACAUUUCCCCUGUCCCUUGUUCUUAGAGAGAUCUGAAACAAAGUUACCCAAACUAUGUCCCUGAAGUAGAUGAGUAUAAAGUCUUGCUCAAGGACACUCCAUCAGUAGAUUUUUGUUGCAGUGCCUUGAUCCCUGGCCUUGACGAACAGACAGUUUCUCUAAUAUAGUUACCCUGCUGUCAGAAAGCAACACAUUUAUAAAAAGAGAAUGUGAAACUAGGAAUUUUUCUACUAUUCAGGCUCUUGCUGACAAUGCUGGCAGUAGGCACCUCUGUAAUAUUGUUGAAACAUCUUUCCAGGGGACCGGUGAUUGAUUCAGGAGUAUUUCUGACUUUGUGCACUACAUCAUCAUAAUCCAAGAGAGCAGCUAACAUUAAACAGCGUAGCAAUUGUGUAUCCCCAGACAGACCUGCUCGAUUCACUGAUUUCAAUCCAACAUCUCUAUCAUGUGUGCCAGAGAUUUCCUAUCAACAGAUGGUCCUCAGCAGCCCUCCUGAUGACAUCCAGUGUCAUGACAGACACAUGAUAAUCAAUUACCACCAUCCUCCCCUGUAAAUCAUAUGCAACCUUUGUUAAGUUAUGAUUGGAUGCUGAAGGAUUGUGAGUUUUUGUGAGAGGUGACCUCAAACUUUAUCAUCUGAUGACUUUUGUGUUUUGUGUAAAUAUAUAUUUUACCAUUUCUUGUGGUAUGAUUGUCCUCUUAAUGUUUAGUUCAUUAAACAUUUUGAUAUAUA